AAAAUGGCACCAACCGUUGAGCGUAAAAAUAUCAAUUUGGCUCCAUUAAAAGCUGCCGGUGUUCCAAUCUUCUUCAUUGUUGGAGGACCAGGAUCUGGAAAGGGAACCCAAUGUGACAAAAUUGUUGCCAAGUAUGGAUUGACUCACUUGUCAUCCGGAGAUCUUCUCCGUGACGAAGUAAAAUCUGGAUCUCCACGUGGAGCCCAGCUCACCGCUAUCAUGGAGUCCGGAGCCCUCGUUCCAUUGGAAGUUGUUCUGGACUUGGUCAAAGAAGCAAUGCUCAAGGCUAUUGAAAAGGGAAGCAAGGGAUUCCUCAUUGACGGAUACCCAAGAGAAGUUGCUCAAGGACAGCAGUUCGAGUCUGAGAUCCAAGAAGCCAAGUUGGUAUUGUUCUUUGAUGUCGCCGAAGAAACGUUGGUCAAGAGACUCUUGCAUCGCGCUCAAACCAGUGGAAGAGCCGAUGACAACGCUGACACUAUCAAAAAGCGUCUCCAUACCUUUGUUACCUCCACUGCCCCAGUUGUUGAUUACUACGAGUCCAAAGGAAAACUUGUUAGAAUCAAUGCCGAAGGUUCCGUUGAUGAUAUUUUUGCUGUCGUAGUGGCAAACCUCGAUAAAGCAACAUCUAAGCUCUAAUUGUUUUUUUUUGUCAACUAUCCAUCAAUUUUCGGAAAACUAGACCAUCAUUGCUUUACUUACAUCUAAAAAAAAUUAUUCUAUGCUCCAAAAAUAAAAUGUUUAAAUUUCUGUACUUAAUAAAUUUUUCUAGUUUUA